AUGGCGCCCUGUGUCCCGCAAACGUGGGGGACUGGUGGGACUUUUCACCAGGGCAACAAGGCAAACCUCCGACCUACGCUUGCUGUCUUCUCGACAGUGUCGGCGCAUUGGACGCUUACGGAACCAGUUGUAUCAACAAUUAUGGGGGGCAAGGACAGGACGGUGACGUCUGCUAGCUAUACUCUUCAGAGCAACUUAGGCUUUGCCGGUAAUUACACCAAGGUGCGCACAGGUGCUGCUUACAUUUGCUCGCCGCAAGCCGAACCACCCGGUUUCUCGGCUUCCUUGCUCAGCAUCGACGCUAGCGCUUAUCUAAGCUCGUAUACAUUAAAGCGCGGCGAGUAG